ACUGUUUCAGUGCAACAUCAGAUGUCCGUAGUGAGUAAUGAACCUUUGGGCAAAGCAGUGGGCUGGAAAGCUUCAUUGCUUCAUGAGGCUUCAUUUAUCCAUCACUGUAAUCAGAAGGAAGGUCAACUUACCAUUACAGGAAAGCCAAUUUAUACACCGUCAUCUGUGGCAAUGCUGAUUAGCCUGAGCAUUUACAACAGGAUGAGCUGAGGAAGAAAAGCUGCAGCGGUAGCAGAGUUAGGGGGAAAGGAGGCGGGGCAUGAGCAACGAUAUUGCGAUUGACAGCGCUAAGACCCACCUGCCGGCUCUGAUUGGUUGUUUCUAGUUAGCACUGGGAGAAGACAGAUGAGUCUGACUGUUCCACAGAUUGUCUGUCUCAUACCAUUCUGUCCCAAGAUAGUGACUGCAUGUAAUAAAAAAAUACAUAUGUUUUUAUUGGUAAGCCAUAGUCAUAAUAAUUAGAAGUAUUUCACUCUGUAAUGAAUCUAUGUGUGUUCUAUUUUCUGAAACGAGCGGCAGAAUAUAUAACUUUUUAUGAUAUUGUUUUACUGUUUGUUUUUAGAUGCACCUGUACAACAUGCACCCUCAACACAUCGAGCCGACUUGCAAAACAAUUAGAUUUGAAAUUACUGGGCAGGUUAGCUGCAGAUAAAAAAAAAAGGUCGUUAGCACAGAAACAUCUCAUCACAGGCGGUCUUACAUUUGUAUUUACAGGAUUUUUGAAAGAUUAUUAUAAGAUCCUUGCCCACUUCCCCGCCUCGUGCCCGGCGCGCCCCAGUCUCCAGGGAGAUGGGAAUGUGAGGGGGCAGCACGCAGACUCCUCUUGAGCAUUGGAAUGGGAGUCCGUCCCUCUCUCUCCCCUGAAGGAGCUUCCCCCCUCAGCCGUGACCAAUGGAACAUAGAGUCUCCAUUGUGGCUGAGACACUUUAAUAAUCGCCAGCUACAAUAUCCAACCUGUCGGUAGCUUCAGGAGCCCAGCCCGGCCCGUUGGACGCGGGGGGGAGGCUCAGUGGUGGGAAGAGGAGGGGGCGAACGCUCGGCGCCAGACCUCCACCCCUAAAGAUGUCCCCACGAUGAAUAAAUGAAUAAAAAGUAGAAAUGACUGAGGUCGGGCUGUCUCUGAAAUUGUGCGAUUUAUUCUCUGGAAUUAUGUUUUUCCUUCUUUAUAAAUUACCGUGACAAUAUUCCUUGGGCUUCUGAACCAAAGGAGACAGUUAGCAUGCACCAUCUGACCAAGUGUAAUAAUCGAAUCUUAAUAUAGUCAUUAGAUUAUCUAAUGUUUAAAAAAAAUGCGGCUCAGGGGUAAAACCGUCCUGAUUGCCUCCUUGGUUAUCCUUCCUCAAACACUAAUCAUUUGCUGUAGGCUAAUCUUUUCAUAAUAAAUCCGCUCAGGCAAUCAGUCUUAAUAGCUUAUUUCCACUUAGUGACGUGGUUAUUUGGUGGGAGGUUUGCACGUCAGUAAAUAAUAUAAUGUACUGAUAACAGAGGUACGAGCAGCAAUGUUUCUAUUUAGUUUUAGUCUGUGCAGUUUUCCAGUUAGCUGUAGUCUCCUGUGUUGUAUGUAGCAAAAAAUAAAUAAAUAAAAAUAACCCUGUAUCAAAUUCGUUACAUUUAAGCGAAUUUGCAACGUGCUAACUCUCUGUCAUGCUUGUGCGUCCUCACCAUCUUGCUCACUGCGCGCCGCAAUACAUGCAGUCCGAUCGGAGCGCCAGACCUCAACUCGUGUUUCAGUUCCCUGUGAAGCCCUUUUCUCACCGGCAGGGCGUUCCGAGAGCAGGAUCAAAAGGUUUUGAACCAGCUACAAAGGAAAAAUGGAAACUAGAGAUGAUCCUGGAUUUAAUAAAUCCACAAUGAAUGCGCGAGCCCAAGCAACCGCAAAUAUUUUUGCCUUAAAAAGAAAAAAAAAAUCUUUAAUGUUGACUUUAGGGCUUCUAUAACUUCCUAGUCCUAAUUUUUACUUUAUUCAGGUCCAAACGGGACUUUUGUGUCAUACAAAGCGCAAUUUUGGAUUGUGUUAAAUGUUAAUCAAAAUAUAGCAAACUAUCCGUUUGCAGAGGUCAAAGUCUCACAUUGGGCAUUUAAAAAAUAUAUAUUUUUAAGAAUUUGCACAUGAGUUUAACUAUAUUUAACUUAAUGAAAGUAUUACAAAUAAAAGUUAAACCAUGGUUAAUUCAAGCCAUGGAGAGGCGGCCCUAGUCUAUUUGGGCCCCUGGGCGAUCUACCUUUCUGGCGCUCCCCAGGCACCCCAAUCCUCUUCAUGAAGUUGUCCACUAGUAUAUUAACUUCAAACAUUUAGCUAAAUUAUCACAUGUGCUUUCCUGCAACUGAACACUAAAAAAACAAGUAUGAGGAAAAACAGUAAUACAAAUAGAAAUUGCGUACCUUGGACACACUAAAAUAAGAAUUUACCACAAUGAAUAAAAAAAAAUCUAAUUUUAACAGAUUAUCUUAACUGAUUUUCAAGCAAAGUAUGUUUGUGUCUUUAAGCUGUUAAACUUAAAUAAUUAUUUCUUGCCCAUUAAUUAUUAAAUAUCUACCGAAAUCAAAUUGAAAUUGAUGCACCACUUUUAUUCAUUUAAUCUGCUUGUUCUCACUCGUCAGUGCGGAUAAAACAAGAUUCAUCUGCGAUCCAGCCCCGUUGACUCGCUUACAGCAUUCUAAUCACCCUGCGCAUUCAGUGCCAAUCGCUGGGUUCUUAACUAGGGAGGCCAAUUGACCCUGUUGAACUUUUCUAGCUACCCCUUUUUUCCCCCUUCUGACUGCACCACCUCCAUGUCGGAGACGGAACACAGGCGCAGCGAGAGGUCAGGUGAGGAUCCUGUUUCAUCCACGCACGUCUCGCGCGGUGCACCCUCCUUACUAAGCCCCUCAUCACUUGCACGUGCGUCCGGUGGGAGGUUCCCCUACCACCCCGUUUGCGUCAAGCACUCCCUAAAUUGUAAUGUUAUCAUAAACAGUCCCACCUCAACGACCCAUAAUCACCUCUCGGGCUUUUUUUACCGAGACAUCUCAUUGGACGUGAACACGCGACCAGCGCGAGGAGGGGGGCUUCCAGACGCGUGCCGCUUUUUAAGCCGACGCAGCGCCUUGAGACACCAGAGAAGGAGUCCCGCACGCGACCCGAACCUCUUACACAUAAACACACAAACUGUGCGCAAUUGUGAAUUCCUAGGAACAUCUCCUAAUACAGUUAUAGGGGAAAGGUUUUCUUGUUAUUUUGGAAAUAUGGAUGUGUUAACGGUGGAAGAGUGGAGUAAAGGCGCGCGGGAGGUUGCAGCUCUGGGCGCGCUGCAACAGGAACGCGUCAGCACCGGGGUGGUGGAGAGGGGAGGGAACCAUCAAUCCGAGGUGUCCCGCUACGACCCGGGACAUACGCUCGUGGACGGCGGCAGUGACCCACGCGCCUGGCUAACCGACGCUUCUGGCACCUGCGCGGCACACGCCACAUCACCCGACUACCUGCGGCACUCGCCCUGUCCGAGCACCGGCUCCUACCAGGAGAGUUGUUCCCCCGGGUCCUCGGGCCAUCCCAGCCCUCCCAUUCACAGAAGAUCUGCCAAGAGUCCCUCCUCUUCCUCCCUCAAAGUCAGGGACCUGUGCCGCCUCAAAGGCACCAUCACAGGGCCCGAAGAAGAGGCCCCCCUGAGGCAGAGAGCGCAGUCCAGCAAGCCCGUCAGCGGCGUCCAGAGGCAGAGGCGGGUGGCCGCCAAUGCACGUGAGAGGAGGCGCAUGCACGGGCUGAACCACGCGUUCGACGAACUGCGCAGUGUCAUCCCGGCGUUCGACAAUGAUAAAAAACUCUCCAAGUACGAAACUCUGCAGAUGGCGCAGAUUUACAUCAACGCGCUGGCCGAGUUGCUGCAAGGUCCGGUGUCCGCCAACAAUGAAAACUCCGACGGUUCACCAAAGCGUGAUAUUUUGCUGUCACCCGCAGAUGGUUUUGAAGGGGCAAAAGAAAGGCCUGCCCAGUCGCCGUCACUUACCUGCAGGACAGCGGUGGCUCUGCCCCUCUCUGGUGAUGCCAUACCUGUUCACAUCAACGGGAUGCCAUUCCGCUCCUCAUUCCAAGAGAACUCAUUCACUGGCAGAGUUGAAGAAGCGAUGUGUUCCCCUUCUUGCUCGUCCUCACUUGUCGGGAAUGGGAGGAAAGAGUCUCCACGAAGCGACGGAGAGUUUUCCCCGCGCUCCCACUUCAGUGACUCGGAUGAAAUAGCAAUGGAGCUCCACUCAAGUGAAGAAGAUGAUCUAUCGGAAAUCAAGCUACCCAGCCACCGUCACCCCACCGUGUCGUUCUAAAUAGUUUUUGAAUAAAAAAGACUAAAUAAAAAUAGUUCACUGCAACAGAAUUGACCAAAUUUCAUUAAACCGUGUCAAUCGUACCUACUGCCUUGUAACUUCAGAGGGAAAAUAUUUCUCCUUUGUUUUUCAUUUGGCAAAGGAAAAAAGUGUUUCCUGUUUCUGCAAUAACUGUUGUUACUUUGUUAGAAAGGCGAUUCGGUUCUGCCAACACACAUGC